AUAAUAAUCCACCUCUCCUCUCCUCUCCUGUGUAGCAACGAAAACUUCAAAGUCAUCUUUCCUUUUUGAACCCUCCACUCUUUCUCUCUCCUCUUCUUGAAACUCCGCCCCCACACAGCGCUGCACAGUGAGAGAAAGAAAUAAAGAAAGAAAGAGAGAGAGAGGGGCAAAAGAAGGGAAGGGAAAAGAAAAACCUUCUUAUUUCAUCAUUGCUUUCUUUUUUCACUCCGUUUUUCUCUGUUCUCGUCUUCUUGGCGUGAUUUUUCAACCGCUAUAAUCAUUGCAGACGACCUCUUCUGCUAUCUUGUACUACUUUCGUAAAGUCAAGAGGAUUUUUAGUCAAAUCCAUCGCCGUUUUUUUCUGUUUUUCUGGGCUUCUCCUCCUUAUUUGAGCGCUGCUACAAGGCGAAACUCCAUGGAUCUGGCAUAGUUUCUCCUUUUGCACUGAGCUUUUAAUUUCUUCCGUUUACAGCUCCGGGAAAAUGGACUCUGAAAAACCCACUUCCAAAGGGCAAGCAUGGUUUUGCACUACUGGGUUGCCCAGCGAUGUGGUAAUCGAAGCAGAUGACAUGACCUUCCAUCUUCACAAGUUUCCUUUGAUGUCGAAAAGUCGAAAGCUUCAUGAAUUGAUAACAGAGCAGGAGACAAAACCCAGUGGUGCUAGAGUCCAAAAACCAGAUGGCGACGGCGAUGGCGACGGAGAGAUAGAGGAAGAAGGCGUUGAAGACGAGGGUGUGGAGGAGGAUGAGGAGGAGCUGCAAUGUCACAUCUCGCUCCCUAAUUUUCCGGGCGGUUCCGAGACUUUCGAGGCGGCUGCCAAGUUCUGCUACGGCGUCAAGAUUGACUUGUCGGCAUCGAACGUGGCUCCGCUCCGGUGCGCGGGCGAGUAUCUGGAGAUGACCGAGGAAUAUUCCGAGGAAAAUCUCAUCUCCAAGACUGAGAGGUUCCUUUCUCAGACUGUCCUCAAGAGUAUCAAGGACUCCAUUAAAACACUCAACUCCUGCGAGAAGCUCCUGCCGUUGGCGGAGACGCUCGGCAUUGUUCAGAGAUGCAUUGAUGCUAUCGCGGCGAGAGCUUCCUCUGCAGAUCCGUCGUUGUUCGGAUGGCCGAUGAGCGACGGCGCUGCCAACCGGAAAGCGGUUCUCAACCAACCUUUGUGGAACGGCGUGGAAGCCAAUACUCGCCGGAAAGGCACUUCCAGAGGCGGCGCAACGGACUCGUGGUGUGAAGAGCUUGGCCAUUUGAGCUUACCUUUGUUCCAGCGUUUGAUUCUCGCGAUGAAAGGCCGAGAUUUGAAUCCAGAAUUUAUCGAAAGCUGUUUAAUGUACUAUGCAAAGAAAUACAUUCCAGGACUUUCACGAUCGAGCCGGAAGACGUCUUCAUCUUCCAUACCUUCAGAGAACGAGCAGAGAGAACUUCUCGAGACUAUAAUCGCUAAUCUCCCGACAGAGAAAAGCUCUAGAGCAUCCUCAGUCACUCGAAUUCUGUUCGGAUUACUGCGAACGGCGAACAUUCUCAAUGCUUCAGAGAAUUGCAGAUCGGCACUGGAGAGAAAAAUCGGAUCGCAGCUGGAGCAAGCUACGCUCGACGAUCUUCUCAUUCCCAGCUAUUCCUAUCUAAACGAAACUCUCUACGAUGUAGACUGUGUUGAGAGAAUUUUAGGUUAUUUCCUAAGCGGUUUAGAAGAGGGAUCAGUCAAUAGAAUCGAAGGCGAGGAUGAGCACGACAGUGUCAGAUCUGCAGACGUAAUGUUAGUAGGAAAAUUGAUCGACGGUUACUUAUCUGAAAUUGCCUCCGACUCUAAUUUGAAGCCGGAGAAGUUUUGCGAACUCGCCGUUUCUCUGCCGGACCAAGCUAGACUCUUCGACGACGGCCUCUACAGAGCCGUUGACGUAUAUCUAAAGGCACAUCCAUGGAUUUCAGAGGAGGAGAGGGAGAGAAUUUGCGGAGUCAUGGAUUGCCAGAAACUGACAUUAGAGGCCUGCACUCACGCAGCUCAGAACGAUCGGCUUCCGCUCAGAGCCGUCGUUCAAGUACUAUUUUUCGAGCAACUUCAACUCCGGCAUGCUAUCGCCGGAACUCUACUAGCCGCAGACGUGCCGCAAGGAGAGAUAGGACGUCCGUCGGAUAUCGAUAUAGAAGGCGAAGAGGAGGAAGAGGCAGGGGCCGGCGGCGGAGUGGUAGUGACGGCGGCACGUGGACAGGAAGGGAGCAGCACGUGGAGGGAGGCAGUGCGACAGAAUCAAGUGCUGCGACUGGACAUGGAUAGCAUGAGAACACGAGUGCAGGACCUGGAGCGUGAGUGCUCCACAAUGAAAAGAGCAAUCGAGAAGAUCGAUAAAACCGGAACGAACGGCCGCGGCCGCGGCCGCGGCGGCGACGACGACCGUGCUCAGAAGGGCGGAGGAGGAUGGCGGAAGAAGUUCGGAUGCAAGUUCAAAACCCAAGUCUGCGACUCCCAUGAACCCACUGUUGCAGAAGCUCGUAGAGGACGAAACCAACGGCAUCAAUAACACUUACAAAAUCCCCAAAUUUCUUCCAAAUUCUCUCAUCAUUUCAUCUUUUUGUCUUUUAUUUAUUAUUGAAUGUAUAUCGUUACAAGUGGUGUACGUUAAUGUGUUAUUGGAACAUGCCCGUUUCUAUCACUUUUUGUGUGAA